AUGCCACCAGAGACUUCAUUUAAGUUACUAAGUAAAGAUUUAUUGUGUACUUUAUGUUUAAAGAUAAUUGGAAGUUAUAAAAAAGAAUAUGAUGAACAUGGAAAUACUUUUAUUGAGAAAUUAAAAAAAACAUGUAAUGAAUAUCCUAAUAAAUUAGAAGCAAAAAGAUGUCUUAAUGGAUUUACAUUAGAAGCAUUGGAACUUUUAAAAAAUAAUAAUGAACAUGAAAUAUGCGAAACUGUUAAAUUAUGCAAAGUUAAUGAAAAAUCUUUGCCAUUGGAAGAAUUUAUUGAAGGAUCUGGAAAAGAUAAAGAACCAAUUCCAAACAAUCCUUUAGCUAGAAAGUACGAUGGUACUUUUUUAUAA